GAUAUGUUCGGUGCGGUUCGAGGGAGGGCCUUCUCAAUAGCUCAAAGGACUCCAACAUCAACUUACCGAGGAGCAGCUGCAGGCGGGAAGACUUUCAACAUGGCGCAGCAACAGAAACGCAAGCAGAGCAAUCUGCCCGAAGGUUACCGAGAGGACCACGCGAAGGGGGCCAUGCUCAGAUUCGAGGACUCUCUUCCUAGAUUACCCGUCCCUACACUCGAAGAGACUGCGAAACGAUACCUCAAGUCCGUUCACCCGCUUCUCACGCCUGCCGAAUAUGACAACACAAAGAUGGCCGUGGAGGCUUUCAUUAAGCCGGGGGCCAUUGGACACACUCUACAGGAAAGACUCAUAAAACGAUCAAAAGACCCAAAGAUCAAGAACUGGCUGUCUGAAUGGUGGAACAAUGCAGCUUACCUUGGUUAUCGCGACCCGAUCAUCCCAUACGUAUCUUACUUCUACUCUCACCGCGAUGACCGAAAACGAAGAGAUCCUGCUAGACGGGCAGCUGCGAUCUCGACUGCGACUCUCGAGUUCAAGAAGCAGGUGGAUGAGAACAGCCUAGAGCCAGAAUACAUGAAGAAAUUGCCAAUGGCAAUGAGCUCGUACAUCUGGAUGUUCAACGCAUGCCGUAUUCCCGCAAAGCCAGCAGACUUCCCUGUCAAGUACUCGGCACAAGAUAAUGAGCACAUCCUGGUCAUCCGCAAGAACGCUUUCUUCAAGGUACCUCACCACCACAACGGCCAGCAGCUGAGUACGAAAGAGUUGGAACACCAGUUCAGACGCGUCUACGAGAUGGCAGAGAAGGCACCAGCAGUUGGUAUCAUGACCACCGAGAACCGCGACAACUGGACCGACAUGCGUGAGCGUCUGAUCAAGAGCAACCCAGGCAACAAGGCAGUUCUCGAGGCCAUUGAGGGUGCCUCUUUCGUGGUCUGCCUGGAUGACGCUACGCCAAUUACGCUGCACGAACGCUCACACCAAUACUGGCACGGCGAUGGUGCCAACAGGUGGUUUGACAAGCCUGUGCAGUUCAUUGUCAACGACAACGGAACAUCGGGAUUCAAUGGGGAGCACUCUAUGAUGGACGGAACACCUACCCAUCGCCUCAACGACACUGUCAUGCACUGGAUCUUCAACGAGAAGCUUGACUUCGAGAACCCUGAAUUCCGAUCUGACAUCCCAGACCCAAUGCCAUUGAAGUUCAAGCUUUCGGGCGAGAAUUACGCUGACAUCGCACUUGCAACAACCCAUCACGUCGGCCUCAUCUCUCAGCACGAACUCCGCGUCGAAGCCUUCCAAGGAUACGGCAAGGGCCUUAUGAAGAAAUUCAAGUGCUCUCCUGAUGCCUACGUCCAACUCAUCAUCCAGCUCGCCUACCACAAGUUCUACGGCAAGAACCGACCGACCUACGAAUCAGCUGCUACUCGUCGUUUCCAGGAAGGCCGCACGGAGACCUGCCGCACAGUGUCCGAUGAGAGCGUUGCAUUCUGCAGUGCUAUGCAGCACCCACUUUCCACUGACGCUGAAUGCCGCGAUCUCUUCCGCAAGGCUCUUAGUGCACACACCGAAUAUAUCACUGCUGCCAGCGAUGGCAAGGGCGUUGACCGACACCUUUUCGGGCUGAAGAAGCUCCUCCAGUCCGGCGAAGAUACACCAGAAAUAUUCAAGGAUCCAGCAUACACAUACUCCAGUACAUGGUUCAUUUCCAGCUCACAAUUGAGCUCAGAAUACUACAAUGGUUACGGGUGGAGUCAAGUUAUUGACGACGGUUGGGGAAUCGCCUACAUGAUCAACGAGAACAGCGUCCAGUUUAACAUCGUCAGCAAAAACCUUGGUUGUGAACGCAUGGCAUUCUACUUGAAUGAAGCGGCGCAAGACAUCCGCGCUGUUAUGGAGGCUGAGAACACCAACAAGCCACGUCUAUAGAGAUUUUGAGCGAUCCAAGCAUUGGUGCGUUUUUGUGUAUAGUACCCGACCCAGAUGAUAUACGGUGCGGUCUAGUUACCAUGAGAGAGUGAGCUAUAGCGCCGCGGCAGGUUUGCCAUUUCGAAAAGACAGCGCCCAUUUGAGACUUU